UCAAAAUUAUAGUUAUAAGAUUAAUUGAUUACACUGGAUUAUUAUUUGGCUCAACUUUAGAUUAAGAACGGACAAUAUUUAAAGAAGAGGAGGGACAUAAAACAACCCGUGCUGACACAAACAAAAAGCAUCCAAUUUUUUUUUAUUUGGAUUGAUUUCUGCAAAUUGUUUAUUUAUAUAUUAUUUGAUUUUAAAGUUUUUUUCUAAAUCUCCUAUUUAUGUAUGUUUCUUUAUAACGUAACUCUAAUAUAACUAUUUUGCGCUAUAUUUAAGCGCAGCGUAAUCAAUUUAAAUGUGUGUGAGGGAGGGGGAAGAAGAAUUUAUUCAAAAUAGCAAAACACCUUCGAUAAAUAAUAAAUUAAGAUGUUUGACCUAAUUUUUAUUAAAGAUUUACUUUUUCCAAAGGAGAGGGUACAUCUCUUGGCAACUUUGCCGCUAAUUCAGCCGUCCCUGGGUUGUACACCUUUUAUAGUGCAACCAUGAAAACCUUAGAAAAUAUAUCCAACUAUAAAGUUUCUCAAGUAAACAGUUUUAUUAAGCAUAGAGAUAGUUUUCACUCAGCAAAUAUAUUUGUUUUAUUCGGCCUUGCAUUAGUUUUUUUUGUUGGAGUUAUCGGGAACAUCAUAGUUCUUUACGUAUUUGCUUGGAAAAAGCGUCAAAGUCGGAGCAGAUUUGAAACUCUUCUGGUUCCUCUAGCUCUAAUAGACCUAUUGACUUCGUUCAUUACUCCAAUUAUUUUUACAUAUGGCACCCUAACUAACUAUAGACGUUGGGAUUUUGGCCAGUUUGGUUGUAAAGUUUUAUCAAGUUUUUUCCCUGUCUCGAUUACUCUAUCUCAAAGUAUUUUAGUGUUUAUAUCUUACGAGCGAUAUAAAGUUGUUAUAUCUCCGUUUUAUCGGAGUUUUAAAAAAAUUUUAAUACGAUUUUGGAUUUUGUUAACUAUUUUAAUUUCACUGAUUUUAGUGUCACCAUAUACAGACUCAUUAGAGAUAGUGAUUGAUACCGGAUACGAUAUUUAUACCUGUAUACCUAAUAGUAAUAAACAUUAUCAAUUAUACUUUUAUUCUGUUGGAAACACACUUCGGGACUUUUUAGCUACUGUUGCUAUGGUUUAUUUUGGGUAUAAAACAAAUCAGUAUAUUCAAAGUAAUAUUAAAACAAUUACAGAUCGACGACAUAAGUUUAAACGUAUAAUAUGCGCAAUUAAAGCUAGAAAAAUGCUGGUUGUUGUUGUUUGUUGCUUUAGCUUUUGUGUGUUUCCGUUGGACUUAUUUCAAGCAAUAACAUAUACUCUUUACAUAACAAAAACAAUACAAAAUGUUAAAUCCUAUAAUUUGCUACUGCAAGCAAAUACUUACUUAACCGUACUUCAAGUGGCAAAUAGUGCUUUAAACAUCAUCAUAUAUUCUCAAAUGCAUAACGAUUUUAGGCGUGCCAGAUGUUGUCGAGUGCGUAGAAAAAAUCCGCAAUAUAUUGGAAUAAGGCUACGUUCAAAAACUAGCGAAUCAAUGAUUAACAAUGAAAUUGAUUUUGUAAAAGUGAUCAAUGAGCUGAAGACCUAAAACAAAAACCAAGCAUAAAAAGAAAAACUAAAUAAUGUAAUAAUUCUUCUAAAUAUAAGUAAAUAAAAAUAAAAAUGAACCGGA